AUGGCGGCCCUAACACCAUACACCUUUAUCCAAUGCCCAUGCUCGGACUCGUCGACGCUUGGCCGGCCGUCGGACGCCAACCCCGCCGCGAACGCAACCAACGACGACGACGAGGAGGCGGACGAGGACAACCGCACCUUUGACCCCCGUGCCCCGCGCUCGAACUUCAGUCUCUACCCGCUCGAGUAUCUACUGUAUUGCGAGGAUUGUCACCAGAUCCGCUGCCCGCGUUGUGUGUCGGAGGAGAUUGCCUCGUAUUACUGCCCGAGCUGUCUGUUUGAAGUGCCUAGCAGCAACCUCAAGAGCGAGGGGAAUCGAUGCACCCGCAACUGCUUCCAGUGCCCGAUCUGUAUCGGCCCGCUGGCCGUGACGAGCGUCGAGACCAAACCCGACCCGAGCCUGCUGGCCGCCCCCGACAACGCCGCGGCGCCUCACUCGGGGCCUUAUGCCCUGACGUGUUCGUACUGCCACUGGACGUCGACGGAAGCCGGCCUCAAGUUUGACAGACCGAACAACAUACAUGCGCAGUUGACCAAGCUGCGGAAUGGGGGCCUCACACGGCUGACUGCCCGAGAACGACGGGAACGGCGUAAGGAUCCGGCCUAUCGCGCUCAUUUGGCAGCAGCAGCCGCAGUGGCGGUCGCGGCAGCUUCUGAAGAUGUCGAUGACGUAGAGGAACGCGGCCGGGGGCCUGGGAUUGAGGAAAAGGAGAGUCUGGACGUGGAAACACAGUUCGCCAACCUCAAGUCCUUCUACCAGGCGCAGCUGGCCAACCCCAACUCGUCCGACACCGGGCUCACCGGGCUAGGCGACCUCGGGUUCUCAUCACCAACUUCGCUCUCCCGUAUCAUGAGCAUCUACACCGGCGGCAGCUUGCGGGAUAAGAAGGCCAAGUCGCGGGUGGGCGCCAUGCGCGAGGCCCUGGACGCCGACGAAGGAUUCCAGCCCGCGCGGCUCGACGAAUCCGCAGCCAUCGCGGCCCUCCAAGCCCACGGGUUUGACGGUACCUCGUCCACCGCCCAGCUAGCCGAGCAGCCGGUCAACAUAGGCGAACCCGCGUUCCCCCACGGCCAGGCGCAUUUCGCCUCCGACCUCCGCCCGGUCCCGCAUCUCCUCCGCACAAAGCGCUCCAAGCGCUGCCCCGUCUGCCGGCACAUUAUCAGCAAGCCCGAGGCCAAAGUCCAGACCACGCGGUUCCGCAUCCGGCUGGUGGCAGGGAGUUACAUCCCUAGCAUUGCCAUCCGCCCGCUCGCCCUCUCCCCAAUCCCCAACACAUCCUCCUCUUUCUCUUCCACCUCCGCUCCCAUCCCCACAUCCACAUCUGCCUCAGCUUCCGGCCCGGCCAUCCCGGGUGCUCUCCUCGAACCCCUCCGCCCAGCUCACUUCGUGCUCACCUUCAAAAACCCCAUCUUCGAAUCCGUCAAAAUCACGCUCGGCGCCCCCGCCCACACCCCCGGUCGCUUCUCUAGCAAAGUGACCGUGCUUUGCCCCGAGUUCCAAAUCGACGCCAACACCGACGUCUGGGACGAAGCACUCAAGGAAGGGCUCGCGACGACGGGGGGCGGCGCCGCGUCGGGCGAGCGUGACCCGCGUGAGAGACGUCGUCGACGGGGCGGGACGGAAGAUGGGAGCCAGAGUGGUAUCAACCCGACUACGCAGCUGGAGGUGGGUAAGAUUUGGGAGCGUGGGCGGAAUUGGGUGAGUAUUGUUGUUGAGGUGGUCCCGCCGUCUCUUAGUACUUUGCCAUCUGGAGGAGGAGAUAGUGGGCUGCCGUUGCAGGAGGACGAGGAUGUGUUGGAGAUCCCGCUGUUUGUGCGGGUUGAGUGGGAAGCAGAGAUGGGUGGGGAUGAGGUUGGGAGUGUGAUGCCGGGGGUUGGGGGCAGUAAGGAAAAGGGGGAAGGGAGGGAGAAGAGGGAGUUAGCAUAUUGGUGUGUGUUGGGAUUGGGGAGGAUUCGGCGGUAG